AUGAUUCAAAAAUUAAUACUGUUAUUGUUUUACAGAAAAAUAUUCAUUGGAGGGCUCAAUGAAGAAACUACUGAAAAUGAUCUAAGAGAGCACUUUAGUAAGUUUGGUGGAAUCAAAUAUAUUUAUUUCAAGGUAGAUGCUGCCACUGGUCAUAGCAGAGGGUAUGCAUUUGUUGUGUUCAAGACAAUAGAAGGCCUAGACAAUGCAUUGGCGUAUACUAAUCAUGUGAUCAAUGAUAAAAAAAUUGACCCUCAAAGAGCUCUUCCUCGGCAUGCAAAAUUAUUUGUUGGAGGAUUGUCUCCUGAUUUAACUGAGAAUGACAUCAAAAAUUAUUUCAAACGUUAUGCAACUCUAGUAAAAGUUGAGAUGCCAUAUGAUAAAAUUAAAAACAGACGAAAAGGUUUUUGCUUUCUUACAUUUGAUAGUAUGCAGGCAGUGACUGAAAUAUUAAAACUGCAAAGACAUGUAAUUAAAGGAAAACAAGUUGAUGUAAAACUACCAAUAGCAAAAGUAAAGCAUUAUAGAAUGAUUCCUGAUGCCACAGGACCUAUGAGAGAUGUGCAAGAUAAUGUUAUGGAUCAAAGAG